UCGGAUGCCUCCAUUAAAAUUUUAAAUUUAAUAAAAAUUAUUUAAAAUAGGUUUUUAAAAGAAUGUUUACAUCAAAGAAGCUUUCAGCAAGUCACAAGGACCUCAUUCAUGAUGUAUCCUAUGAUUUUUAUGGUCGUAGACUAGCCACUUGCUCCUCAGAUCAAACUGUGCAGGUCUGGGAUCUUGAUAGUGAUGAACAAUGGAAACCAACUGCUCAAUGGAAAAGUCAUUCUGGUUCAGUGUGGCGCGUCACGUGGGCUCAUCCGGAAUUUGGACAAGUAUUAGCAACGUGCUCUUUUGAUCGGACUGUGGCAAUAUGGGAGGAGCAAGUUAAUGAGCGUAAAACUGGUCAGUCCAGUAGCGAGACUCAUUGGGUACUCAAAGCGUCGCUAGUUGAUAGCAGGACCUCAGUCAAUGAUGUCAAGUUUGCCCCCAGACAUCUUGGCCUGAUGCUGGCGACUUGUUCAUCUGAUGGGAAGCUAAGGAUUUAUGAAGCACCUGAUGUCAUGAAUCUAUCGCAAUGGCCGUUAAUGCAUGUUUUAAGUUGUAAGAUCGGUACGAGUUGUCUCUCAUGGAAUCCGUCAAGAGCUCACCCUCCAAUGAUAAUAAUUGGCACUGAUGACCCCAGUCAAGCUGCAACAACACAUAUUCAAAUAUUUGAGUUCAGUGGAGAUCCAAAGAAGUGGAUUAAUAUUCACAGCAUAGUUGGAGUUGUAUUUGAGCCUGUUCACGACAUUGCCUUUGCGCCAAACCUAGGAAGAACUCAUCACAUAUUAGCGAUUGCUUCAAAAGACGUUGAUAUUAUACACCUGGUACCUGAGGGUACUGAUUCCUCUGGUCACACUAAACUAGAGGUAAGGACCCCAGCACAGUUAGAUCAUAAGGGUAGUCAAGUCUGGAGGGUGGAAUGGAAUGUAACUGGUACCAUAUUAGCCACUGCAGCUGAUGAUGGCUGCAUUAGACUACAUAAAGCUAACUAUCAAGGUACAUGGCAAUGCAUAUCCAGUUUUCAUGGAGAUGGCUCUGUCUCUACUCCUGCUCCUAUUCCUCCUCUUGCUGGAACACCCUCUGCCACGAGCAGUGCUACUGCACUAUCAGCCAUGGGAAACAGUCACUUAUGGAGAGAGCUUGGUGAUCUAUAACACGUGAACUCCGUAUUCUUUGUUUUGAAUAAUUUAAUUUUCGUGUUACGUUCUUUGUAAAUUAUAAAAUAAAAUUAAAAA